UGAGAAUGCAGUGUGCAGCAUCACCUGGAUCCAGAUAAUCUGGACCCACUCUCCGGACCGCCCUCGGUAUUAUGGCGAGUAGUGGUUCUGGGAAGUCGUCCGGUGAGGGAUCCAGCAGCCCGGUCAGCAGCGGUCUGCAGCAGAGAAAGAGACUCUCCUCCAUCUGUGACGCCUGUAAAGCCAAGGUGCAGCUGGUGGCAGACCUCCUGCUGCUGUCCAGCGAGACCAGGCCGGUCUUGACGUCCGAAGGAGUGGUGCUGGCCGACACCUUCGACCAGUGCCGAGACACGGUCAUCGCUCGGACCAAAGAGCUGUCCAUCCUGACCCACGACAUCCAGAGCCAGCUCAACAUGGGCCGCUUCACCGAGGUGGGGGGCCGCCUGCUAGAGAUGGCAGACCUGGUGGUGUCUCUGACCGAGUGCUCGGCCCACGCCGCCUACCUGGCUGCUGUGGAGAGCCCCGGCUCUCAGCCCUGUCUGCCAGGCCUGGUGGACCGCUACAAGGUGACUCGCUGCCGUCACGAGGUGGAGCAGAACUGCGCUGUCCUCCGGAUCUCUCCUCUGUCGGACCUCACCCCCCAGCUGCUCCUGGAGCUGUCCCAGAACAUCUCCACCAACCUGAAGACUCUGUCGGACAUCUCGCUGCUGGCCAGCGAUGGGUCUCGGGACCGCUUCGCCAAGGAGCAGUUCAAGCUGAGCGUGAAGAGCAUCAGCACCUGCGGCACCGCCUUCCUGGCCUGUGUCAGGGAGGUGAAAACUCAACCCAGCGAGCUGACCAGAACCCGCUGCGUCCUCUUCAGCGCUGCUCUGGGUCAGGCCGUCAGUGCCCUGGUUGGCUUUGCCACGGAGCCUCAGUUCCUGGGAAGACCUGCAAGUAUCUCAGCUGAAGGAAAGGGGGUCCAGACUGCAGUGCUAGGAGGAGCGAUGAGCGUGGUCUCUGCCUGUGUCCUCCUGACUCAGGGUCUCAGAGACGUGGCCCAGCAUCCCGACAGCAGCUCCAAGAUGGCCGAGUACCGGGAGCGCCUGAGGAACUCUGCGUGUGCGGUUUCUGACGGCUGCACUCUGCUGACGCAAGCUCUCAGGGAGCGCUCGUCUCCUCGGACUCUGCCCCCGGUCACAUCUGUCACUUAGUCCAGGAA